AUGGUACACGCUCACACAAUCAGCUUACGGAGUCUAGAAUCCUCUUCUUUAUCAUCAAACUCGUUCGUUUUCGACGGUACCAACUCCGACAUCGCCCGGCAGCUCUACAUUCGACACAAAGCAGGAGACACAGACGCCAAAGUCACACUUAACGCAGUCCCCACUGCAGUAGCCAACCGCCUCAGCGACCUCAACACCCAGUUCAGCGACUUACCGGGUCUCGUUCAACGUGCAGUUCUCUGGGACACAGGCUUCGCUCUCUCUCCGGCUAAUGACCCCGUUCAAAUCUGGACGAUGAAUGACUACACUAUGGCAGAUAUCGCCGUCCCGAAAGAUGAAGUCAGUGGGGAAGGAUGCACUUUCAAGAACUGUACGCAGCCAAACGACGAGUUAGCUUACUACACUUUAAUCUGCUCAGGAGCUCAGAUGGUCAACGUAUCCAGGUGUGUGGCAGAUACGUUCGUAGACUCGGCUGCUACCAGCUACUUGGGCUCAAUGUGGUCUGUUGGUGGAGACCCAAAUAUGGUCCCGUAUAUUCGACUUCGAGAUCACUCGUGGGUAGACCCAGUGACGGAGGUUUCUUACAGUGUCUACGCUGUCCACACCACUUCAGUGGCUGACGAUCCGGCUUGGAACGUGUGUCCUGCUGACGAUGGCUAUGGAGCGUUGACAGUGCCGUGCCAUAGGAGAGACGAGUUUACGGAUAAAGAGAUGGAAGCGAUGCACACGCCGACUGGAAGCGCUUGGGUGACAACGUGGCUGGAGGAGGAAUUUGCUGAAGAUUCUGGUUUUGAUACAAUGCUACUGAUCCCGAUCAUCUUGGGAGCUGUAGUUUUAAUCAUAGCGGUUGGAUGUGGCCGGUAUUACUGGAAGCGGAAGCAGAAGAGCGACAUUGACGAGACUGUGUCCACUACGUGUGAUCUUACUGCAGUCUCGCCGCAAUACACGAGUGAAAGCACUGUACCAUUGCCUAAGUAUGCUGCUACCACGCCCGAUCACACUCUUCGACCUACAGUCAUGACGACGCAGGGGUCAUUUCUGUCGACUCGAGGAGGAUACGAGAGUGCUGGGUCAUGCAGAACGCUUAAGAUUCUGCUUAAUAGUCAGCAUCUGAUGGAUAAACGGAUGCCCUACGAGAGUAUCAUGUACCAACGACUAUUAUCCAAGGGAUCAUCGGGAGAAGUGUGGCUUUGUAAACACAACGGACAGCAAAUUGCGAUCAAGAGAUUGCUACAAAUUAAGCAGCAAAAGGCUGAAAGCGUCCAAGCGUUUGCUGAAGAGAUCGAACUAACUGCUAGUCUGGAUCAUCCACACAUUGUCACGUUCGUCAGUGUGGCUUGGAAUACUCUCAACAACUUGGUGAUGGUGAUGGAGUACGUUCCAAUGGGAAGUCUGCAGAGUUACCUGCACCAGAACGCUGACUUGUUAUCCUGGGCUCGAGAUAAAAUCCACAUGGCUGUCGGUAUCGCACAAGCUCUGGAUUAUCUCCACAGUCGAACCCCGUCAUGUAUCCAUCGCGACGUAAAGUCGACCAAUAUUUUACUUACGCACAUGCUUGAACCGAAACUUAUCGACUUCGGAGUGAGUCGUAAGAGCGUUGAAGCCACUAUGACGGCGGGGGUGGGGACGCCAUACUGGACGGCACCGGAGAUCUUGGAAGGCAAGCGGUACACGGAGCAGGCAGAUAUUUAUUCGUUCGGCGUGGUAUUAUCCGAGCUGGACACGGGUAAAAUCCCAUACCACGACGCGUUGACGGAGAGCGGGGGUAAAGUCAAGCCUGUCCAGAUUUUACAAGAUGUCGUAUCCGGUAUGUUGCGUCCAACGUUCUCCAAAGAUUGUCCUCCACGGAUACAGCGCGUGGGCUCGGCUUGUUUGGUGCAGGAUCCAUCGACUCGUCCGACGGCUCAGCAGCUGGUCAAAGAGCUGGAAGGGAAAGAAAAAACAGGAGGCGCAGAACACUACGCCUUGUAA